GCUUAAGAAGUAUAAAUAUAAAUUGUAUAGUUUUAUUUGUUUAUUUACAUUGUAAAAGAAUUACAACGUCUAAAUAUAAAAUUAUAAAUAAAUAUGUCACCGAAAGACGCAGAAAUUCCGCAAGCUCCUGCUCAGAAACCCAAUCCACGGAACAAUGCUACAAUGUUCAAAAUAUUUCAAAACGUCCAAUACAAUAUCGUUCAACAUAAGAAAUAUGUAAAAGAGAUUAUUAAAUUAUACAAGAAGUUAGAUCAAGAUACUUUUCGUGAAAGUUUUAAGAAUGCUCUACACUACUUGUUCACAUUUGGAGACACCAGUGCCAAUAUAGAUCGUGUUAUACAAUUUGUGGCCACAUUCUGCACUUCCCUUGAUGAUGAAGAGGAAUUCUUGUUAUUCAUAUUUGAUAUUAUAUUUGAUUGCCAAUGUGUGUCUGGACAAUCAGUGAGGUAUCGAGCCAGCCAGCUGCUGGCAGCUGUGUUGUCUGCUCUUGGAGAAGAUGCCUCUCUUGAUGAUGACCUCUGUGAUAAACUACUCGCUUCACAGAUGCAACGCCUUCAAGAUACUCGAGGUGCAGUGCGAUGCCGUGCUGCACUAGCAUUGCAGCGGCUGCAGAACCCAAUGGAGCAGGAUGACGAGGUGACCCGUGCCUACCGUUUCCACAUGAGUUGUGAUCCAAGCUCUUCUGUUAGAAGAGCAGUGGUAAUGUCCAUUGCAAAAUGCACUCGCAAUGUUCCAUACGUAUUGGAGCGACUGUGCGACGUUGACGAGGCUGUGAGGCGAGCCGCAUUCUUAUACAUAGCUGGAGUUAAUGUCACACAACUAAGAGUGAGACAACGAGUAUUGACUCUAAAGGUAGGACUCACGGAGCGUAGUCAACGCGUGCGUCGUGUCGUAGAAGAAAUCGUAAUUCCUGGCUGGUUAGCCACAUUUAAAGGCAAUAUUGUAGAUCUGUUGAAAGCCAUACGUUUAGAUAACGCCCAUGACGCUAAAGACUCGCAGUAUGUCGCUGGGAAGCUUUUAGAAUCGUUAUUUAAGCGACUACCAAUUUCGGAACUCCUAGAAUGGUUGCCAAUUGAUAAAAAUCUGAGACUGAUACCUGCUGAAAGGCUGAAUAAGGAAACGGCGUGGUACUGGCGUCAUCUCUCUGAGCAUCUGCAAAAGAUUGAUGACGAUGAGACCUUAGAAAUUAUAUUACCUGAUUUGAUAGUACUAACAGGUUAUAUAAGAGUUAUCGUGGAGUCUCCGUGCGAAACGGAGAGCUCAUCUCCAAUGAUGGACACACGACAGUAUGUGUUGCACGAGUUGGGCUGCCUGUUGCGAGUGUACGACGCAGGUGACCCUACCGGUCGCGCCGCCUUGCAGACACUCGUCACUGAUUUACUCACAGGUGACUAUGGACCUUUGAAUUCGGAUGUGAUACGCGCCUUCGUGUCUGCAUUGGAGCUAGUAGUGCCCGAUAUAUCUCAACGUGUGGAAGUCAUCAACGGUGUUAUAUCAGCAUUACGUGAUCCCCCCGAAGUUGAACAGUCGCCGCCGCCGCCGCCCGUCGACUGCGCGGAGGUCAAACUACAGAGAGCCAGGCUUCGUGUAUCGCUAAAUGUAGCCAUAGAGGCGCAGGAAGAGGCUGUCAGGGAACAAAAUUACGCCCUCGCUGCAGAGUGCAAAGCUAAAGUGGAAGACAUACAAAAGAAACUAGAAGAGUUGACUGUACAGGCCACGCCACCUCCACCAGCUACUAUUACUACAAUAAGAGAGAAGAUUUCAGAUACAGAUACUCUUAACAAAUGCCUGACAAUACUUAAUUGCUCACUUGAUACGCCGCAACUGAAAACAGUGACACCAAUGCUGCAAAUGAUGUUCAACGAGUUAGAGGUGGAAAUUUUUCAAAAUCCUGAAGUUUUGGUGAAUGCUCUGGAAACAGUAGCACUGUUUGGAAUGCUUGAUAUGGAGUUCGCAAAAGAACAUAAAGCUUUCUUUUUUGCUAAUCUAAUAGACACAUCGAAUGAACCCGUGGUAUCUCAAGUACUGCGUUGUAUCUCGGACCUGCUGUGUGUACACGGCGCGCGACUGUUCGACGACGAUACGCUGCCCGCCCAUACGUCCCACACCUCGCAUACCACCCGUCCCAGCUGUGGACUCUCCGAUGCCGGAGAACCUGAUGGUGACAUAUCAGAGUCGGCUAUAUCCUUGACUCCUUCCCACAGCACGGUCAUUGAAUUGCUACUUAAAAUAAUGGAUAGCACAUGUGCGAACUACCGGUUAAUCAUCGUGGAAGGUCUCUGUCGGCUCCUGCAUUUAGGACAUCUCGAGUCUCCAUCUAUACUCAGCAGAUUGCUGUUACUGUGGUUUAAUCCUGCUACAGUGGAAGAAGACAUGUUGAGACAAACUAUAGGCGUUUUCUUCCAAACAUUCCCUGCUACAGUUGACGGGGCUCAAGAACAAAUUCAGAAAGCUACAUUGCCCACACUGAGAACGCUAGCCAACGCGCCAUCAAGUUCACCUCUAGCUGAAAUAGAUCAAGAAGCAGUAGUACGCUUCCUUGUAUCACUCACUCGUGUAAACCAUGAGUUAAUGGACAGUCAGGGCGCCAUGGCAAUGGUGCUAUGCAACUACGUGGUGCGGAGGCCCACUUGCCCAGCGGCGGGAUUGGCUUGCCGCAUGCUGGCAUUAUUGGCCGCGCCGCGUGACGCUCUACUUGCUCACGAGCUUGCUGCACGCCUACGGGACCUUUGCCUCAAACUUCCGGAUAAGCAGUCGUGCCGUAACCUUACACGGUAUUUAGGUUCACUAGAAGCUAUGGAACGGACCAGUCUCAACAAAAUUUCCAAUACAGGUAUUACUGAGGGAAUAAUACAAGAUGAAGAUACUUUACCGCCGCUCGGACGAGCUACAUCUUCUUUACCGCAACCUCUAGCACGCAGCACGCAUGUCGUUAUAAAUGAAACGGUCGAGGAAGAAGUCGAAAUCGAUGAAACAUCCCCUACAGAGAUUAUAUCCAGGAUCUCCGGAGAUAAAGGUAUCUACACGUUUUAUAUAAAUCAAGAACUACAACCAAGUACCACUAUAAGCAGAACUACCAGCACUUCACCGGGUUCAGGCGAAGUCAUUGAGGAGGCGGCAGUUGUCGGCCCCAAAGUAAUAGCCGCCUCUGACGAAUCAGACUCGAGUGGUGUUUCACCAGUCAAGAGAUCAAAAAUCAAAGGAAAUAAAAAGAAACUUUCUUUAAACAAACAAACUGCUGAUACUGGCAAUACUAAUGCUAAAGAUGAUAAAGACAACAAUAUUAGAACCAAAACUAAAAGUAAAGUAAAAGAGACGGAAAAGGGCGGCGUAAAGAGGAGUCGAUCACAACGAUCUGUGGUCGACAUUGGUAGAGCUCAAAAUAAAAAAGCAGAAGAAGCUCAACCAAAUAAGAGUCCACCAGGACAACAGUCGUCACCGCCUCUGCAAGAUCUAGACAGCACCAACGUAACAAUUCGUAGAUCCACUCGAGGAGUGCAGUCGGGCUCCAGCCCAGACUCAAACUGUUCUAGCGGUAAAAAUGAAAAAAAGAAUGAAAAGAAAAAAAAUAUAGCAAAGAAAAAGACUCAACCAUCAAAGCGAGCCUCCAACAGUUCAAUGUCCACACGCAACAGCGCAGGAUCCAGAAACUCUAUGCUCGAAGAUUCUGCUGACGAGACGCAACUUCACACAAUAGUUUACGAAAAAGAAUUGGAACAAUCACUACUAAAUGAUUCCAGUGUAUUGGCAGACCGAUCUAAAGGAAAUGUGACCAUACCGGAAACACCUGACGCGAGUGACGAAUCUGAACCUGAAAUUAAAACCAAAGGAAAACGAAAUGGGAAGAAAAAAUAGGUGUUACUUGUAUUAAUUUAAUAACUUAGGUAAUAAAAAUAUUCUCAUAUCUUAAACUGGUUUUUUGUGUACUUAACGAUGCAGAGCCCAUUGAAUUUACAAGCUUACACUUGAUAUUAACAUAAAUGAUAUGUUUUAUUAUAUUAUUCUAAUUACUAGGAAUGUUCACGAUUUACAAUUACUAUUUCACAAUUUGAGCAGAAAUAAUUAUGAGUACUAUGAUUAACAAUUUGUGUUGUGUAACAACAAUUCAACUGAAUCUUAAACGUCAUAUUAAAAUGUUGUUUGUUUUAUAACAAUAAGUUUAUUGAACAACAAAAAGUUCUAAAGAGUUUUUGUUACGACACUAUGGUGCUGGUAUUAAAGAAAAUUAUAACAAAUAUUAUAAAGUUUCUAUGGUCGAUUUUUUAAUCAGUAUGACCCUUUUUGCGAAGGACAAAACAAGCACAAAUAUAUCUGUCCUUAUCGCUUAGUGGUAUGAAAGCUAGACGCAAAUUAUUUAAAAAUAUAAAAAACAUUAUACAU